GUCUGACUCGCUCACUCGUCGUCCGGCGCGCGUCCGAUACAGGAGUCAAGUGUACCCUAUCCUCUCGUUCCUUACACUCUUUAACUUUUUAACACACACAUAUACACGAUGUCUGGACUUGCAGAUCCCGUGGCGUUUGCCAAAGAUUUUAUUGCUGGAGGAGUAUCAGCAGCUAUUUCAAAAACUGCUGUAGCACCAAUUGAACGUGUAAAACUACUUCUUCAAGUGCAACACAUUUCUAAGCAAAUUGCUGAGGACCAACGCUACAAGGGUAUGAUCGAUUGUUUCGUUCGUAUCCCAAAGGAACAAGGAUUCAGAAGUUUUUGGCGUGGUAAUUUUGCCAACGUUAUCCGGUAUUUCCCAACUCAAGCUUUGAACUUUGCUUUCAAAGACAAGUACAAGCAAGUGUUCCUUGGAGGUGUUGACAAGAACACUCAAUUCUUCAGAUACUUCCUUGGAAAUCUCGCAUCUGGUGGUGCAGCUGGAGCCACGUCUCUCUGCUUUGUCUACCCUCUUGAUUUUGCAAGAACCAGAUUGGCUGCAGACGUUGGAAAAGGAGCAGGAGAGCGUGAAUUCUCAGGUUUAGGAAAUUGUUUAACGAAGAUUUUCAAAGCUGAUGGAAUUGGCGGUCUCUACAAAGGAUUCGGUGUAUCGGUCCAGGGUAUUAUCAUCUACCGUGCAGCUUACUUUGGUUUCUAUGACACAGCUCGUGGCAUGUUGCCUGACCCCAAGAAAACUCCAUUCCUUGUUUCAUGGGGUAUUGCGCAGUGCGUUACCACCGUAGCUGGUAUUGUCUCAUAUCCCUUCGACACAGUGCGUAGGCGUAUGAUGAUGCAAUCUGGCAGAGCAAAAUCAGAAAUUCUCUACAAGAGCACAGCUCAUUGCUGGGCAACAAUUGCGAAGAGCGAGGGUACUGGUGCCUUCUUUAAGGGAGCCUUCUCCAACGUUCUCCGUGGUACAGGCGGUGCCCUCGUACUUGUAUUGUACGAUGAAAUCAAGAAUCUUCUCUAAACAAAAUGCAAUUAGGGUCCUUACCUCAUUUUUUCAUUACCAUUUUUCAUUGAGAAAAAAAAAAAUUCAUUUUCCAUUUACCACUUAAAUUUUCUCCCUCCCUCCCUUCUCCCCAAAUCCCCUCCCCCUCAUAAUUUUUUGGAUAUUGAAAGACAAACAGUUACACCGAGUGUUCAAUUAACACGAACUUUGUCAACAAUUUCGUAUAUAAAUUUUUUCUCUCUCUCUUUAUCGGGGUCUGAGAGCGAUUGGUAGCGGCUCAUAAAACGCGUGAAACUCGGCAGAGAAAUAAAAAAAAAAAAAAGAA